AACUCAAGAGCAGAACAGAAAGGCAAUAAAAAAAGAAGUCUGAACUAAUUGGGGGUAAUCUGUGAAAUACGAGAGGAUCAUCAUCGAUCGAGUCACUGAUGGGAUCCAGAGAUGCUGUUGUGGAAAUCGAUUUCCUGGAGAGACGUUUGUUGCCGGAUUCUGGUUCAAAUGAUGAGACUGAGAGCGAACAUGGAGUUGAAAAGGUUCUAUACACGGCAUCGUUCCAGGAGCUGGAGGAUAAUUAUAUCAAGUACCAAACAGCCCUAUGGAUUCUUUACUCUCUUCCACUAAUUUUGGCCUGGGGAAUUGGGUUGUUCAUGCUGCUAUACAUACCCGUUCGAAGAUACAUAAUACGGAAGGACAUUCAGUCCAGGAGGUUGUAUGUCACGCCAAAUGCCAUUGUUUAUAAGGUUACAAAGCCAGUGCCUUUCCCAUGUUUUGGGGUGCUAAAAAAAGAGAAGUAUGUACUACUGCCUUCAGUUGCUGAUGUCAUAAUUGAACAAGGAUAUUUGCAGUCCCUUUUUGGUGUCUAUUCUACUAGAAUUGAGAAUGUUGGAAUAAGAAGACCACCAAGUGAUGACGUCCAAAUCCAAGGAAUUGCAGACCCAAGGGCUUUCAGAAUGGCUGUUCUAUCACGUCUUUCAAAUAUGAGGAGUGAGAAUUUCUCACGGCAAGUUUCCAUGACUGAAGACCUUCAAAAUUUUGGGAUUGGUUAUUCAUCCACAGCUUGGGCACGCCACAAUGUUGGUACUUGUAUCACACACCCGAUGUCCCCGUCAAAAUCUUUUAGGCAUGAUUCUUUUCCUUCCUCAGGGGAACUAAUAUUACAAAAGCUAGAGGAGGUUGGAAGUUCUGUGAAGAGGGUUGAAAGCCUAAUUCAAGAGCAACAUUGUCAAAAAUCUGAUUCCAUAGAAUGAAACAAGCGGGCUCGAAUUACAAGAGAUACAGGAUUUCAAUGGGCAUAGAUCGCAAUACACGUACCCUGCUGUGAGAUUUGCAUGCCAAUGUACCCAACGAAUCACCAUUUGAGGUGCAGCUUUGGGAGUCCUAUUCUUCAUACUUAAUAUUGCUUAGUCAUGAUUCAAAGUGUGAUUGUAUCUUUGGUAACUCUUGUACCAAUCAAAGGUUUUGUAUCUUUCCUGGUUGAAUUUACUUCUUAUCCUCAUAGUUUGUAAAUGGGUCUUCUUCCUGCGUGGUCUUGCUGUUUGUUGUAGAAGACUCUGUUGCCUAAACAUUUUUUAUUCUUGUUGUACUGUUCAAAGAUCCAUGAACUUCCAUAAUUUAAUUCCUUUUUGUUGGUAA